AUGGGCGGAGAUAAAGAGCCAGCUGUGCGACUGGCGCCCUGGAGCCUCGGGCGGGGCGCGGGCGGACCUUCGCUGGUGACUGGUCACAAGUGGCCUGACCCGGCUCCUCCCUCGGUCCGCCGUGACAAGUUUAUCUUGUGACUGCCGCCGCAGCUACAUAUUUCUUCCUAGAUUGCGGAGCGUUCUUAUCCACCAUGCGUUUCCUGCGCUGCACGAUCCUUCUGCUGGCGCUCGUCGCCGCCAUCCGGGCCGAGCCCCUGCGCUUCAAGGACUGCGGUUCUAAGGUCGGAGUUAUAAAGGAGGUGAAUGUGAGCCCAUGCCCCACCCAGCCAUGUGAGCUGCACAAAGGCCAGUCCUACAGUGUCAAUGUCACCUUCACUAGUGGCACUCAGUCGGAGAACAGCUCUGCCACAGUGUACGGCAUCCUGGCAGGACUCCCCGUCUUCUUCCCCAUCCCUGAGUCCGACGGUUGUAAGUCUGGAAUCAACUGCCCCAUCCAGAAAGACAAGACCUACAGCUACCUGAAUAAACUCCCAGUGAAGAGUGAAUACCCCUCUAUAAAGCUGGUGGUGAAAUGGGAGCUUGAAGAUGACAAAAAGCAAAACCUCUUCUGCUGGGAGAUUCCAGUGGAGAUCAAAGGCUAAACUCUUUGGCACCCUGUGUCUGUGUGGGGUGAGAGGUCAUGGCUGGAGGGAAGGGAAGAAAUAGAAGAGAAAUCAAACCUGAAAUUAAACCAGUGCCGUAAGAUGAACAUCCAGAGACUGGCUGAGAGGUGCAGCAGAAAGUUGGCUCUGAAUGCUUUUGCUCUUCUUUGUGGUCAGCUCUUGUUUCUUGUUCUUCAGAGGCUUUCAUUAAAGAUGAUACUUGGUUGCA